AUGGAGCCGAGCGGUGCCGCAGCACCUGCCCAAGCGAAGGCUGCAAAUGAUCAAGGUGGGGUUGGUGAGUUCACUUUCCCGCCUUCGCCGCCUCCAGGGGUCAGCGACCUCGCAGGCGAUGUGCCCUUACCUCAGGUUUUCCCAGGCUGUGGCGAAUCGUCUGAAGGCAGCUUUAGUCGUGUCAGCUUUGGCAGUGAGUGUGUUGAGAACGACCUGCACUUCCCUCUGCUUGAGUUCCCAGAAGACUGGGAAGACGAUGCACCCGAAAUUGCCACAGCUCGGACGCCUAUGGACUUGGAGUCUGUGGAGCGGUCAAACAGGGAAGUGGCAAGUCUGAUGCGAGACAUUUUCGGAAGCGACGAUUCUCAUGUCGAGAAUGUGGAAUCGAGGACAGCUUCGGCCUCGGCUGCGCCCUGUGAGCAGGCGGCUUCUUCGAUCCCCGAUCUUGACCAGGCUAUGUCGAUUGCACAUGCAGAUGCCUCUGCAGAUGGGAUUAGCUUAGCAGCUUCAGGAGAGUUUGUGUCGACCGCUGGUGUCGCUGAUGAUGCACUGGGUUCCUUUGUAGGAGGGCUCGUCAAGCAAGAUGUUGCUAGAUUCGGCAGACUCGACGAUGGUCUUAAGCUUCCGUGGGAGAGUGAGUUCUCCAAGCUGCUUUUCGACCCAGAUUGCGUGUGGGACCCGUUGCAAGGCCGAAAGCAGGACUCGAUCUUUCCGCCCAUCACGCAUAAUGCCCAGGCUGCCCAUCGACCUCCAGCAGGACCCAAGGAGGCUCCUUCAGGUUCGAUUUUCGCUUGGGCCAUUGCGUUGGGUGCUGCAGCUCGCGAUCCCGCCGCAGAGCGAGAGCGAAAGAGGGAGCAAGGGAUCGGAAUGUGGAGUAGGCUUGUGCUGAGGUAUUCCGAGUGCUGCUCCCUUUAUGAGUGUGUCUCUCAAGGAUUGAGUGGCAGAGAAGCGGGCUAUGAGGAUGUUUUGGUGGCUGUCUCGGCCGCUGUGGGAGUGAAGUCACCGCACACCAUUCACAAGCGUGCUGCAUCCUUUUGGACCUUUGUUCGGUGGUUGGAUGUCCACGAGCCCUUGGCCCCAAGCAGGCUGCAUGAGGUGCAGGUGUGGAAUUUUGUGCAGUUCCUCAAGGAAACUUCUGCGCCGGCCUCCAAGGCGAAAGAUCUUACAGUCUCGCAGGUUCUUGAGCUGCACGCGAGGCUGUACGCUAGGGCUCGCCCGAGCGAUUUCCUGUUCGUUGAGUCGGUCAAGGUUGACUGCCCGCCUGGAGCAGACUACCCGCUGCUAGUGUUCGAAGUCUCCCAGCACAAAGGGGCCAGGAAGGUGCAGCUUAAGACCAAGCUCUUGCCGAUCUUGGUUCCCAUGAUAGGGGUCCAUGGAAAGUGCUGGAUUGACGAAGCCUUGACCGCUUUUCGGAACGCGGGGAGAAGCCUGACUUCGGUUCGGGGUCCGCUGACCUUAGCACCUGCCGACGAGUCAGGGGUCGUCUCCUCGAGGAGGUCCAUCGCUUCAGCUGAAGUGGGCAAGAUGUUGAGAGCCUUCUUGGGUUUGCCUGAGGAGGUCACCGAUCCUUCGGCCCCCAGGGUCACUGCAUAUUCGCUGCGAGGCACUUGCUUGGGCUGGGGAGGUAAGUUCGGGUUCGACGAGGACCUGAAAAGCAUCUUGGGGAGGCAUGCUUCCUCAGUCAAGACAACGCAAGCCAUCUACAGCAGAGAGCUGUCGGCGGCGCCGGUGAGGCGGCUUCAGGACAUGAUCAGGGAGGUUGCAGCAGGGAACUUCUUCCCUGAUAACAGUCGCUCGAGUUACUGCCCGAGGCGAGCCGCUAGUGAUGGGGCGCUCCCGUCCAAAGGAGCUGAGAAGCCCAAUCCUGUCAAAGUUGAGGUGGUCAGCAGCGACGAUUCUGAGGCAGGGAACUCUGUUUCUUCAGACAAGGAGUGCAGCGACUCUUCCCAGUCAUCGCAGUCCUCCUUCUCGUCAUCUGCGAGCGAGGCGGUUCAGCCUGCUGUUCACAGGUGGAAGCGAGCUAAAGUCGAGGUGCCCGACCAGGUGUGGUAUGUGAACACUUCGAGUGGGGUCUUGCAUCUGCUUGCUAGCCCCGAUGAUGUUCCGAUGCUGCUCGCAUGUGGGCGACCCGUAAGUGGGAACUAUCGUGAGGUGGGCCUCAGUCGCGAAAGCCUCAGGGCGCUCGCGGACCAUGGGAUCGAUACUUUGAGCAAGCUGGCUUACUCUUGCGGUCAACCGGGCACGCCUUUGCCUCAAUCUGAGUUUGAUGACUUCAUUUCCACGGUAAUGCCGGCGGCACUCUUGGGUGAGAAAGGAAGCGUGAAGCGACUUCUUUUCGAGAGUCAGGCACUCUUGCUUAAUGACCUCAGGGAACAGGUGACCCAGCCCGAUAAGUGGUCUACACGUGAUGUCCCGACAGUUGAGCGUCAGAAGAGGAUGGAAGCAGUGCGUGCCAGCAUACCGGGUGUUGUGCUUGAGGGGUCAUUGGAGCCCUCCCACGGGCUCUUGAAUGCAGCUUGUCGAAUGGAGAGAGAGGGGCAGCUUCGCUACAUAGCUCCCGAGCAGUGUGGCACUCGCAUGUAUGAAAUUCAAAAUGUCAAGGCCCAGAGUAAAGUCCUGUCUUUGGAAGAGGGCAAGUUGGCGAUUUCUGAGGAGAAAGGGUUGCCCGAAGUUGCCUGCGGGUCAGCUUUGUUAUUGCAGGAGGCUCUGAAGCGCCGAGGUGUGGCUCUCCAGUUCGCCGGUGUCGCCAGCUACGUGGCGCAUGAACGUUAUGUGCUCAAACUCUUUGGGCAUAUGGGGCGAGAGCCCCCGCCAGGCUAUGCCAGGACCAGUGUGCACCAACUCCUUACGGCAGACAGGCAGGUUUGGACGCGAAUGAUCGAAAACGAAAUCAGUCCGAAAAGGAGUGCAGAUGGGACGUACCCUGUUGAUCGGGCUUUGCUCCCCACACUUGAGACAUUCGACGUCGCUGUAGCUCUCCUUCCGCGAAAGUCAGAGGAAAGCAAGAAGAGGGUCGCCACGCCCCAUAAGCCCGGGGUUGAGAGGGCCAUCCGUAAGCUGGGUGGAGUUGCCGAGACUCCCGAUAAGAAGCGCAUUUGUUUCUCCAGGAAUCUGCCAUGCGGCUGCACUCAGGAUCCGUGCCCCAAAGGAAAGCUUGCCGAUGUUUUGCAAUUGAUCACCCUGCUUGAGAGUGAGACCCCAGCAAGGGGGCCUGGCAACGACAUCGUGCAGGACGAGCUAGGGUUUAGCCUCUCUGGGUCCUUAGUUCGGGUUGCCGAUGGGUCGAUGGGCUCUGUGCUCCCGGCCCCCUUGAAUGAUACUCUUGAAUCCUUGGACAAGUUGGGAGACGCCGAAGUCUCCGCUUUGAGGGCGGAGCUGAAGGCCAGCAUGCACCCUGAUGUUCGUGAGAUUACAGCAUCCAAACGCGUCCCGUUGGUGGGGCAUGCGCCCAUUUCGGGAGUCUUUAAACCAAAGUUCAAGCCCAUGCAAGCCACGCCGAAGCAGGCCCAGGAUCCCGCCUUGGCAGCCGAAGUUUGCACCAAGACUGAGAAGGAGCUAGAAGCAGGAUGGAUCGUUGGUCCCAUGUGCGAGUCCAGCUUGUGCGAUGGGAUCUUGGUUAGCCGUCGGUUUGGAAUCCAGCAAGGUCAGAAGGUCAGGUGCAUUGACAAUUUGACUUCGUCGGGGGUGAACCUCGCAGUGCAGGCAUAUGAGGCUCCGCAACCUCAAUCUACUGAUGUGGUUGCAUCCACGUGUCUUCGACUGCUGAAAUCCAUCAAAAAGAGGGCAGGCAAAGUCUUGUUCAAAAUCUUAGGCAAGGCGUUCGAUCUUACUGCAGCUUACCGGCAGAUGCCAGUCCACCCAGACACGGCCUGGGCAGCGUACAUCUGCUUCGUGCAUCCAGACACGAAUGAGCGGGUGUACUUUAGGAUGAAAGCCAUGCCCUUCGGAUCGGCAAUGGCAGUCUACCCUUUCCUUAGGAUUAGUCAUUCCUUGUGGUUCCUCGGUGCAAAGGCAUUGCUCUUGCCUUGGUUGUCGUUCUUCGACGAUUUCGUCACUUUUGCGACGACAGGGUGCUCUGCGUCGGCAGAGGCGUCAGUGACGGCAAUGUUCAAACUCCUAGGUUGGGCGUUUGCCGAGUCCGGUGAAAAAUCGAAUGACUUUGCUGAGUGUUUCCAGGCGCUUGGUAUCAUGGUUGAUUUGCAUGCAUGCCUUGAUGGCACCAUAAGCUUCAAGAACACUGCAAAGCGGGUUUCCGAGAUCAAGGCGUUCGUGGGCAAAGUGCUUGAGUCAGGUAGGUUGCCGCAUCACGAGGCACUCAGGCUCAGAGGCAGGUGCCAGUUUGCCGACUCGCAAAUCUUCGGCCGUACUGGAAAGAAGUGUUUGGGGUUGAUCACCACGCAUGCUUACGGCUUUGACGAGGUCAUCAGUCGUGAACUCAGGACCUCUCUCGAGAGGUUCUUGCUUCGUCUCGAGGACGGGGCCCCGCGUCUGAUCAAGAUCCUUGAGGGAGGAUCGUGGCAUGUGUACACAGAUGCUUCGUAUGAACCAGGGGCAGGAAAUAGUUUCUGCGGCCUAGGUGGGGUUUUAGUGGAUCCUAAUGGGUUACCUCGAAAAUUCUUUUCAUUCGUUUUGAGCGAAGCACAGAACAAUUUUCUUGGUGAGCAGAAUUCUGCCCAGAUCAUAUUCCAGGCGGAGAUGCUAGCAAUGGCUGUGGCGCUAGACGUUUGGUUGGAGGACUUGACGGGGCACACGGCUAGCUCAGCGAUCAUUCCUUGGUUCGCCAGGGUACCAUUCCCUUCGAACCCGGCGGACGAACCGUCCCGGGUGGAGUGCGACAGCUUGAACUUGUUGGGGGUGCAACUCCUCAGGUCGAAUGUCUCUCGGAGAGUGGACAACUGCUUGAAGGCAUUCGCACCUGAAGACGUUGCUGAGAAUUGCAUUUCAGAGGAGUUGCAACAAGCUUCGUUACACCCGGUCGAGGAAGGCCCCAACUUCGAGCGCGAUCUUCUUGCGAGCAGUGUUGAGUUGCAGGAGCUUUUGAGAGCAAGUGCUGAUUGUGAGCUGCCAAGUGGGCAAGCACAGCAGCCAGCGCCACAGCUGGUGCAGAUUGACAUGACACAGAUGCAAUUGCUUAUGGCACAGAUGGUUGAGACGGCGCAAGCAGCGUCGCAGGCGAAUCAGGCAUUUGGAACAGCAGCUUCCUUCCUCGCGAGUCUCCGACUCCGAGAGCACGUGGGUCGGCCGACCACGCAUAUGAACAACAUCUUGAUGAGGUUGUUUCCGCAGCUUCCCAGGCAUCAGCAGGUGGCGGUUGCCGCGCCGCUCGUACCGACGACCGGGCCAGCCACUCCACCCAAGGGUGCUGGCCAAAGUUCCAUGUCACAUGUCGGGCCCAAAGCAAAGACUCUUGGAAAGUCCUGGAAAGCCAAGAUGUCUGACAACAGGCUUGCUGCGCUUGUAAAGUGGGAAAGGAUUGUGGAAGCUCACUCCGAGCAUUUUGGCUUUGUCGCCGAAGCCCGCCGUGAGCCUGAGCUGGCUUCGUACUCCUUGCAUGAUGUCUUGAGUGAUAUUUUCUCGGUGAAAGCCAGCACCACUUUGCACACCCGGUCAGGUCCCCUGCUUAGGUUCCUUAAGUUCUGUCACGACGAAAAGCAAGCCCCUUUCCCUCUUCGCGAGAGCUUGAUUUACUACUUCCUCAAGCAGUAUGGUGCUAAGCAGGCCCCCACGUUUGCCAGCAGCUUUCUGGGGUCACUGGCGUUUUGCCACCACUUGUUAGGCCUUAAGUGCCAGGACGAGAUUUUCUCCACCAGGGUUACGGGUGCAGCCCGAAGCCUUUUCCUUGAAAAGAGAAAGCUUGUGCAGAAGCCCCCUCUUCUGGCUGCCUUCGUUCUUGCCUUGGAAAAUAUCGUUCUCGGACAGGGUGAUUUCAGCUGGGCGGACAGGUACGCUGCCGGAUGCUGCCUUUUUGCAAUCUAUGCCCGUGCGAGGUUCAGUGACAUGCAGUCUUGUGGAAACAUCUUUGAGGAUAUUGCCUACAUUGAUGGCAAGCCUCAUGGAUUCUUGCAAGCCGACAUCACCAGGACGAAAACUGCAUACACCUUGGAGAGAAAAACCAAGUACUUGGCUAUGUGCGCUCCGAUUUGGGGCUUGGCGGAGAAGCCGUGGGCAAUCGCUUGGAGGGCUAUCGCUAAGGAUCACGGCCCCCCCUGCGGGGAAGACUUGCCACUGUUGCCCUCUCCUAUGGAGAGUGGGGGAUGGCAGGAGACACCUGUCAGUGUUGAGGUUGGAGCCCGCUGGCUCCGCAGCCUCCUGCAUCGCAUGGGACUCGAACCUGCUUCCGCGGUUAGGCUUCUAGGGACCCACUCGAUGAAAGCAACGGUUUUAAGCUGGGCUGCGAAGUGGGGCAUGUCUAAAGAAAUUCGGAUGAUCUUGGGGUACCACAGCUCCUCUAGAUCCGAUAGCGACGUGGUCUACGGCAGAGACAACGUAGCCCCCGCGCUGCGAGAGCUAGAGGGGCGAAUGAUUCAAGUUGAACAGUCCAUGCUGAGGUCAUUGCACAUGCUUAGGCCUGGGCUUCUGCCCCCCUUUGGAGACCUGGUAGAGUGCUUUGAGGGAUCAGAUGCGGGGGCAAGUGUUCUUGUGAAUGCUCCUUCGGAAAUGUGUCUCAAGGCGCCAACUGGCGGAGGCAGCAACAUGGCCGCUUCUUACUCAGAUAGCCGUAGUGUUUUCGAUGCCAGGGUAGACGCAUGUGGACUACCGAAGGAAGAUGCUGCGAAGGUCAAAGCGGCGGUGGCUUCACUUCGGCAACUCGCCUUCAUAUCCAGCUUUACUCCGGGUCAAGCGGAUGAGGCCCCACUUAUGGCUGCUCUGAAGUCGAUGUUGGGCCGUGAUGCUGAAUUGGCUGUCCAAGCUAGCUUCAGGGCAUUGUACCACGAGGCUUAUGCUAUUGUUACUUCAGAGAUGCGCCAAAAGAUCGAGAAGAGUGAAGAGCCCACGGCGAGAAGGCUCACCCAGCCCGAGCGUGCCGAGAGGCAUGAGAAGCAGGUCGCGAAGCUCGUGGGUGUACUUAUCAUGGGCCCUUCGGAGCCCAGCGAAGCACUCGUCGACAAGGCCGUUUCAGCCUAUGAGCAAAAUGAGCUGAGGUACAUCUCUUGGGAGUCUUGCACCUCCCGGGAGCAAGAAGUUGCUUCGGAACGCAAGAAGGAUACUCGCUUUACGAUCGAUGAGCAUUCCGGGAAGCUUAAAGUUGAGAAUAAAGAUGCUGAGGACAAGGCCUCCACUGCUUCGGAGGUCCAUGUGCUUCAGGCUUUGCAGAGGCGAUCGCUUGCCCUGGAUCAGGCAAAUCUUGUAGAGUACACCCUGAUGCAACAGUGGUCGGACCGCCUGUUGCGAGCCAGGAUGGACGAUCCACCGCCCCAGUACAGCCGUCCGUCUUGGAGCCAGCUUGUGGCUGCAGACAAGAAGCUCUUCAGUGAGCUGAGGGAUCUGACGCGAGACGGCGUUCAGUCAUCAAGUGGUGGGGCGCGCCCGCUUGACAAGCACCUCCCUGCUGUGAUGAUGUCGUAUGAUGUGGUCUGCUUGCUACAGCCCAUGCCUCAGUCGGCCAGCGGGCGGAGCUCCGAUGAUUCCGGCAAGGAGCGCCCCGCUCCCUACACUCCCAAGGGUCCUAGAAAGGGCGCUGGGAAAGGCAAAGAGGGCAAGGGAAAGGGAAAUGAUUCGGAUGCCCAAGCCAGUCAGAGCUUGGGACCGGAACAAUUCCUCGGCGGAUCAUCUUUCGAGGCGGAUGCAUGCGGGCAACCAGCUUCAAGUUCUCCUCAGCACGAUAAAUUUUCCACGAUUCUUCAACAGUGCCUGAGCUUUUUCGACAGCCUCCCGCACGAGUCAGUUGGGACCAAGACCGAAUCUCAUCGUGACCAGGUUGGGAAGGCUUUCUACAGCGGGAUGUAUUCUAAGGGUGUCGUAGGGCUGCGGACUUCGGUCCACCGGCACCCCGAGGAGGUGAAAGUUCUGACUUCGUUGAUUCGUGCCGUCGAGCCAACGAUGCUUUUCUCCAGUUUGGUCGUCACCGAGGAUUCUCAGGUUGGUGUCCACAAAGAUGCUCAGAACGCCUGCAUCCAGAACUUGGUCAUCCCGAUGACUCGUUUUGGGGGAGGCGAGCUGCUUCUAGAGAGGCAUUCCGUAAACCCUUCUCGCGGUCGGCGCGUUGUCCUGAUCGCGUACUGCUUGAAAGCUUGCCCUUGGUUGUGCCUAGAGCUGUUUGCCGAAACUGGCAAUAUGACUUCUGCUUUGCGGGGCUUCGGGUUCCAAGCCCUUCCCUUGGGGCGCCGUGCAAAGGGGCCUAUACACGUGACCCCGCUGGACCUCUCUCGCGCCCUGUCGUGGCAGUACGUGAAGAGGCUUGUACAAGCCGGGGAUGUGUUUGUGGUGCAUCUUUCCCCACCUGCUCGCGGCCCAUUUGCCGAUGCAGUGGCACCACUCGUCGCUGACUUCUGCCGUUGGCUCCGCUCCGAAUUUCCUUCUGUGCACCUCUCAGUUGUGUGCCCCGCCUCCGCGGCGCUUUGGAAACAGUCUGGCUUGCUGGAUCUUCAGCGGUCUUGCAUUCAGGUCUCCUUUACUGCCGCCGACUGCAGUCCCGGGCCACAUGAGAACUUUCUCUUGAUGUCUUCACUUCCCGAGCUUCGGGUUUUUGAAACUCCGGCCGAUGCCUCAAAGAUCUCCUCCGGGGGCCCGGUUCGCGCGGCUCCUGUCGCUGCGCCCUCGUUCGUGCAUACGAACCACUUUUGUACUAAAUUUGCAUCUGCCCUCGCCCUGGCCGCCGGUCAACUUGACACUGUACCGACACCAGCCCUUGUUACCAAUGCGUCGGCCCGUGCCGCCAAUCAGCUCCAGCCGCGUGUUUCAAGGGCCGUCGUGCUGGUCGAGGAAUACCAUUAUCAAGUUACCGUGCCCGUUUCCUCUCAGCUGUCUGACUUGGGAAUCGGAAAAUUGGUUUCCAUCACGUGUGGAGUCUACCGAAGCCCUCUUCAGUUUGCGGAACGAGCUUUGAAUGUUGGCCAUCCUUGUGACAUGUGCAGAGCACUGCCCGAUCAAGCUAUGGUCGUCCUGGGCCAUCUGCUCAUCGAGGGUCCUGUUAAGGUCCUCAGACGGAGAUUGGAUACGAUAACCCAGUCGAAAGCUUGGGCCGCCGAACUGGAACCGGCCGAGGCUGAACUGCACAAAUCCUUGCCCCCUUCUGUGGCCGAAGUGGUCAAGGGAAAGCGCCUGCUCCUCCUUGAUCGCAUUGCCAAAUCCCUGCAAUGGCCUGACACCCGCUUGCACCAGGAUAUGACCAGUGGCUUUAAGAUCGUGGGCGAGGAGUUCCCGAGCGGAAUUUUCCCCCUUGAGCCUCGACCAGCGUCAACGAUGCUCCGCUGGAUGCGAGAAUACCGCGAGAAGGGAUGGCUCGAGCAACCUCGCUCUUGGGAGGAACUUGAGCUCUUGUUCGGGGAUUGGCUCCCGGCCAAAAGGUUUGGUGUACGCCAACGCGACAAGUUGCGCCCCAUCGACGACUUAGCUGCCAACGGUGCAAACAGCGCAUUUGCCGCUUGUGACAAGCUCACCUUGCGUGCCUUCGACGAGCUUGUUUGGUGUGCCACUUACAUCAUGCGGGUACUUGUGCAAAAAGGAACCGUCCACCUUGUCCUCUCCUGUGGUCGGGUGAUCUCGGGACCCCUGCACGACUUCUGGAGGAUCAAGACCGACCGCGCCCGCCCCUUGUUGAAAACUAUCGACUUGAAGGCGGCGUAUAAACAGCUACCGCUCCACCCAGAGCAUCGCAGGUUUUGUGUGGUCGCAUUGAAACAUCCGGACAGCGGCCAAGUGCGGGGCUACGCAUCAAGAGUCCUGCCCUUCGGGGCCUCGGGGAGCGUGACUUGCUUUAACAGGGUUGCACGCCUGAUCCAACGGAUUCUUCAGGAAGCCUGGAUCUUGAAUUGUAACUAUUUUGAUGAUUUUCCGGUGUUGGAGUUAUCCGCCCUGUCGGGGAGCGCCGACUCCACUGCUCAUUGCAUACUUGACCUACUCGGUUUCGGGUGCUCUACCGAUAAGGAAGAGCCGUUCAAGAGCAGUGCCGACGUCUUGGGAGUCACGGUAGACCUCUCUUGUGAAGACUUGUCCGAGGUGCGUGUGCGCAACCGGGAGGUAAAGUGCUGCGAGGUGGCGGCCUCGGUCGAUGAGGUUCUUGAUAGGGGCGCCAUCCGGUCCGCGGAAAUCGCUUCUCUCUUUGGGAGGAUUCAGUUUCUUGAAGGGCAACUCAUGGGACGCAUGGGGCGACUGGCUUUGUCUGAGCUUCGCUCCCUCGGGACUUCCGGGGGAAUCCUCAAGCUCGGGGACUCGGAACGGCAUGCCUUCCAGAAUCUUCGUGAGCGGUUGCUUCAUGGGCCGCCCCGGGCGAUCUCCGCUCGCCCACCUGGGGCGAAUGUUAUUGUGUUUACAGACGGAGCUUGCGAACCGGAGGGUGAUAGCAUGCUGUGCUCCAUCGGUGGGGUGCUGUAUGUUGAGAGCUCCGGCAAGUGGGCCACUCGAUACUUUGGCUGCCGACUGCCCGAUUCGCUCGUUAAGGCUUGGAGUGCUUCUGGGAAGAAACACUUGAUAGGUCCUGUUGAGUUGUACGCAGUGGCCACGGCAAGACUGUUGUGGCGAGAGUAUCUUGAUUUCGCCAAAGGCAUUUUCUUCAUCGACCACGCCGGUGUGCACGCCGCGUGCGUCAAUGGAUCGUCCCACGAUCGCCUCUGGCGGCUCAUCCUUUUGAAGCUUGAGGAAGCGGAUGCCAAACCUAUGAUCGCCUGGUAUGCCCGUGUUCCCAGCCAAAGCAAUCCUGCAGACUUAAAGCUUGUGGAGGAUAACUUGCAGGGCCCUGUUGAUCUGACUGGGGCUUCGCCUGAUCGCAUUGCAAGGUCUCAGAGGCUUUACGCGAUCCUUGCAAGCAUUCUGCGUUCGAAGCCAAAAGCGAUCUUGCGUCAGGUCGUCAACAGAAACGGCCUAGAAGUCUGGCGGGUGCUCACCAAUACCUUCGCACCCAAAUCGAAAUUCAGAGGACUCGCUCUCUUGAACGCUCUUAUGACGCUCCCGAGCUUCGGGAAAGAUCGCAGCCUGCGAGAACACAUCCAAGGCCUCGAGAGAAUAGCUGAAGAAUAUCAAAGGGUCACUGGACAAUAUCCUGGGGAAGAGGUCAUGCUAGGCACACUAGUUCGGUCCCUUCCCUCUGCGAUAAAACAACACGUUCAACUUCAGAUGACAGACUCCAGUAGUUACCAAAGCAUCAGGGACUACGUUCUGGGGUAUGAAGUUACGACAACGUCUUGGACUCCAGCCAAAAUGCACCAAGCUCUUGGUGUAGUGCCUUUACCCAGUGCUGUCGAGCAAGGCCCAGUCCCGAUGGAGGUUGAUGCACUUCAAAGAAAAGGGCCAAAAGGCAAGGGCAAGAAGGGCAAAGAGCAGAAAGGCAAAGGUGGACAGCAACCGCAGAAUCCGUAUGGUGGCAAGGGCAAGGCCAAAGAAGGCAAGCAAAAGGGCAAGAAGGGCAAGGAGCACAAAGGCAAAGGUGGACAGCAGCCGCAGGGUGCCAAGGGCUCUAGGGCAAAUGUAGUGUGCCACAAUUGCCAGCGCAAGGGUCAUUAUGCUAGUGAGUGCUGGCGUCCACGUGUGCAGCAAGUCCAGGCACAGGGUUCGGACACAGCGUCCACUGUUGCGCCUAGCACUGUUGGUCCUUCAGCAUCGCAAGUCGCUGGCAGCGCUGCUACCACCACGAAGCGCGUUGCUAGAGUUGAGAUAGACAUGACUUCCAGUGCGUUUCAGGACGAUGCCGAGAUCAGCGGUCACUUGUGUGUUUUGACAAAAGUGUGUCCUGAGGACCCAGCUGCAGCUACUGCCCAGCCGAGUUUUGCUUCACUGUGCAAGUCUUUGGCGUCUGCAUGCGUUGACCCUGUGAAGCCACAUGUACUUGUGCCAGUGCCCGAGGCUGAAAUGUUUGACAUGUCAUAUUCGGACGGUGAUUGUGUCUGGACAGUGCCAGACGAGAUGCAUGGAGCCACAUGUGUUGGUUGGUUGAGCAGUGCACGUGAUUCUGAGUAUGUGAAGUGCAAGGCGCCAGCCCGCAACCGUGCAAGGCCAGGCAGGCGAUCACGGCCGCCACUGCAGUGCGAGGCAAUGUUGCAUCCAUGUGAAGCCGCUGCCGAGCACCUUGUGACCCCACCUGUGCAUCCCCUUCGGAACCUCAGUGUGUGUGCAGUGUCAUGGGCAGACAUGAGCAACGAGAUUGAGGUUGUGGUCGACUCUGGGUCGGAUGCCUCAUGCUUGCCGCUGUCCUGGGCACACGUCGGAAGGGCUGAUGGAGCAAGCCUUGAUAGUUUCAGGGAUGCCCAGGGUCGCAUGAUUAGGGGUUCGCAAAUGCGUACGGCAGUGCUUCAGAUUGACGGUGUUCAAUUUAAGGAGCGGUGGCUGUUGAGCAGUGUGACACAGCCGCUUUUCAGUGUCGGCAAGUUGCCCAGGCGGGGAUGGGACAUCAUCCACAGUGACGGUGUUCCUUACUUGACAAAUCCUGGGGGCACAGUGCGCGUGCCUAUGCACUACCGGCACAAUUCCUUGCAUGCGCGAGGCUCCAUCAUGAGCGUGGUAGUGUGUGCCAACGACUGUUUGAGCGAUGACAGAGAGGACGAUGCGGCCCGACACCACGAGCCUCAGGAAGCCGAGCUUGAUGAUGAGCAAGUGCGCGGCAACGACCAGCAGGUCGAGGUGUGCCGGAGUGCUGAAGCAGACAGCCCUGUUGCGGCUGCGGUGCGUGCGCUUAAGCUUGGCAGUGCAUGGCUGAACCUGGGUAGCCAAUACACCGAGAUGCAGCCUGGAAUCUUUGCUAGGCAAGAUCAGUCGGAUCGGUUUCUUGAUGUGUCAGUGCCUUUGAGCCACCAUGGAGUGGGCUUCCGCACUACCCUUCAGUAUGACGGUGCCGAAUGGAAACUGAUUGAAAUCAACUGCUUGAUCAGCCUCUUCGAUGAUCUUGAGAAGGAGUUCGAGCCGAAAGGAUCCCGCCACAUCAUCACCAUUGGCUCUGUUGACCCCUUGCAAGUAGAAAAGCUGUUUGAUCAUCAGCCUGUAGCGUGGAACGAUGAGAGUUAUGACGGUGAGUAUGCUGAUGCACCGCCUGAUGAAAACAUGCUUGAAGAGGAUGAAAAGGCUGAAGAUGUUGAUGAAGGUGCCGGUGUAGGACCCGUGUCCCUCGCCGAAGUUCCUUCGCAGGGUCAUGUUGUGGUCAAUGGGGUUGAACUGCAUCCCGGGUGUACCCUUAAGACCCUAAGGUCGGCCUGUGAGGUUCUUGGAAUAGGCAAGUCCGGAGGAAAGCAGACGGUCUUUGCGAGGAUCGAGCAACACUUGAAAACCCAGGAGUUGCUGCAACAACAUUCUUUUCAGACUGAUGGUGUGCCAUUGCCGCUUGAACAAAAGUUUGUCGAAGAGCCAACUGCAGAGCAGAAGCGACGGCACGAGCUCAGUCAUGUGCCGUAUGCCGAUUGGUGCCCACACUGUGUAAAGUUCCGCGCCAAAGCCGACAAACAUGUGUCGAGCAAACCUGAGCUGCGGGACGAUUCGGUGUGCAGCUUCGAUUUUGCUUAUACAGGACGGAGCAGCCCAGCUGAGUUUGAAGGUGCGUCAAAGGACAAGCUUGUUUGCCUUGUGAUCAAGGACUCCCACACUGGAGCGAUGCAUGCUGUGCCAACGCCAGCCAAGGGCGGACCGGUUGCUUUCAAGUAUCUUGUUGCCGAAGUUUGUCGGUUCUUGAAUUACUGUGGGCAUGAGUCCGUCACGAUCAGGUCUGACGGUGAGCCAGCUUGCUUAGCACUUCAGCAGGGCAUCAAAGCUUUUAGGACCAAGAUGGGGUUACGCACCCACUUGGAACAGACCGAGCCAGGUGACCACCAGUCAAAUCCGUCGGAACAGGCCAUUGAUAGCAUCCGGCAGCUUGCAGGAUGCAUUCUUGACCAGUUUGAGGAGCGUGCCCAGACAACUGUAGGUGCAAUGCACCCACUGCACGGCUAUGCUUGGAGACCCGCGGCAUGGCUUCACAUGCGAAUGUCGCGGCACAACGACCUCAGUGCGUUUCAGGUGAUCAAUGGCCGGCCGUAUGCAGGGAAACUCGUUUGUUUUGGAGAAAAUGUUUACGCCAGAGUCAAGAGCAGUGUAAAAGGAAAAGCACGCUGGUGCAAAAUGCUUUGGCUUGGAAAACUUCCUGUAUCGGACCUGCACUUUGGAGUCACCGAGGGAGGAUUCAUGCUGUCCUCAAGGUCCGUUAGACGGUUGCCAAAGCAAUAUGAUUCAUCCUUGUGUGCCAAGCUGCGCGACAUGCCUUGGAGCCAAGCGUCUUUUCUUGCAGGCCAAGUUGGUCAAGCACGCAAGCAGAAAACGCUUCAGGGUGAUGAGGAUGCCGGUACUGAGCCUCAGGUUGAGCAGCAAGCCGAAGUACCUUCACAAGCAGGUGCGGCGGAGAAUCCUUUGCCGUUUCCGGGUCAUCUGUUGCCCGACGAUGCAAUGCUGCAAGAGUUUGUGCCACCGCUGCCCCGAGAGCCAGUGUUGCAUUCACCUGAGCCGCCCACGCCUGUAGCGGCCACUCCAGGGCAGCAAGCAGAAACUCCGAUGCAAGUUGAAACGGCCUCGCCACUUGUGUCGUUCGAUGAUGGGCCUGGGAUUGCUUCUUCGUCCUCUGGGAUAGCACGUCCUGCGACUGAGGAAGCAGGCGGGGAAGCUCCAGCCCGAAAGAAACUUCGUCUUGAUGCUGUUCAGACAAGUGCAUAUGACUGUGAGAUGUUCCAUCAUGAUGAGGCUCCAGAGCUUCUUGAUGAAAGUGCAGAGCAGUUUCUUGACUGUCAGGAUGAGUCCAUUUGGGACACCGAGGAUUGGGCUGAUGACUCAGCCAAUGCACCUGACAUCCCGAGUAUUUUGAUUAAGCCUUUCAGUGAAACUGAGCCAGUGUGCGAUGCAUCCGAGCUCGAAGCCAUUGAUGCUGCAGCAGAUUCCUUUGAGCUUGAGCAGUUGACAAAAGCCGGUGUUCUUGAACAAAGUGAGUCCUGGCUUGAAGGGCAUCGGACAUUGUCUUCAAAGUACGUUCGCACCUGGAGGCCUAAAGUGAUCAAUCAGGAGCGCGUUUGGUUGCGCAGAGCCAGGUUGGUUGCGCGCGAAUUUGCGCAUCUAGAUCCGGGCAGGCAACACUUGUUUGCACCGACGACGACCCAGUGCAUGCUGAGAAUUGUUCCAUCGCUUUUCAUUCGCAACUUUGGGGACGGUUGGUCUCUACUGAGUCUUGAUGUGUCUGACGCUUUCUUGCAGUGCAAGCAACAGCAUGAUACCUUGACAAAAGUUGAUGGAAAAUGGUAUAAACUUUUCCGAAUGCUGCCUGGGCAACGGGACGGAUCUGCUACCUGGUUUCAAGAUUUUAUGUGUGAAAUCCGCGCAGCUGUUGCUGCUGAGCCAUUGGCAGAGCAGCCAGUGUUGUUUCGCAUCCCACAUGCGGAAGGCAACCACAAGUGCCAAGGAGGUGGAAUGGUGCAUGUAGACGACAUGCUUGCGGCAGGAUUGACCGCACGCCUUCAGGAGCUUGAGAAUCACUUGAAGUCAAAGUUCAAAGUGUCCAGUGAAUGGAUCCGCCAAGUCGGCGACGAGGUUUCCUUCUUGAAGCGGCGACUGAUCCUAGUCAGCCCCAAUUUGCUGGUUGUUGAGCCUGAUAUCAAAUAUCUUGAGAAACUCUUGAAGAUCACUGGACUAGAUGGUGCCAAGGAGCGGUACAAGGCGGCCCCGUUCCCGACUGGAGGCCUGCCGACAGACCUUUCAUCGGCUGAGUACAACUCCCUGGUUGCUGGUGCGGCAACUGCCAUCCUCCUUAAGAAUUGCGUCAUACACUUGUCGCUUGGGAAUCGCCAAGGAGUCGGACGGACUCGCCACAUCGACGGAAAGCUGUUGUGGCUUCAGCAGAUGACUCAGGAAAAGAUGCUGGACAUUUCACCGGUUGGAACCGCAGAGAAUGUUGGUGACCUUCCCACGAAGCCGCUAAAGCCAGAGAGAGUUGAGUUCAUCCUUGCACGGUUGAAUGUUCGUGACAAGGAUUGCGGCUAUGCCUUGGUUGGGAACGCCCAUUUGCUUGAUCACAGGACGCGACAUCAUGUGAGUCGCAUUGUGAAGCGAGGAGCAGUCAACCCACAGCUUGUGCUUCAGAUCCUUGCAUUGGCUUUGCAAGCAGAUUCUGUCGCCAGUGCCGAUGAUGAGCCCAAUACGCAUCGCGAUGACGCCUUGAGCCAGGGGACUGGCGAGCACGGUUACGGGGAGAUGUUUUGGAAUUUUCUUGAACAGUUGCUGUAUGCGAUUUUCUUGAUUGCUGAUUUUCUUGCAGAGCAUCCCAUGCCGAGAUGCUUCAACGUGGCGUGGCAGCUGCGAGCUGCACUGAUGCCACAUGAUGGCGCUUGGAAAUCGGCCACCACGGCGGCAUAUCCUUCGGAUUUCGCUGCUUUCUUCGCACGUCUUUCCUUGAGUGCUGUUUCUGAAUUGAGGGCCGUGGCCGAUUCCGAUUUGAUCCCGAUCAACAUUCCUUCUUCGGCGGAGGCCUUUGCCACGGAGUGUAUUGCGCGCGGUGCUUUUGAUCGCGCCUCUGUUCAGAUUCUUUUCGACUUACUUCCCAAGACUCGGCCCCACAAAGUCACAGGCAGCGCCGAACCUGGCACCGCUUUCUUUGGAGGUACUAUGCAUCAGGAGGGUGUCACUGCACCGCGAUCCACUUGUUACACAUUCCCCGAAGCCAUGCGUGUGAUCAAUGCUUUCCUUCGUUCGGUGGACCCGUGCCAUCAUUAUGCCGCCUUUGUUCUCACAAAGAACGUCAGCAGUGAGGUUCAUCGUGAUCCGCGGAACGCGGCAGUGCCCAACAUGAUUGAUUGUGGCGAUUUCUUCAUUUUCGAAUGGUGGUAUUUGGAUUCAGGAUCCUUCCGGUACCACAGUGCGCUCCUUUCAUGGCUCGCCCGUCACGGGCACUGUGCACUCUUUACAGGACGGACUCUGCUUUUCUGGCUUCACUGGGCUUUCCUGUCUUGGAUUCCUCUCCUGCGGGGGGGGAGGCUCAAGCGGAAUCCUUCGAUGCCCCAGGCAAAUCCACCUUGGCCGCGCGCGGCAGUGGCGGGGAUGGACAAGUCAGGGGCCGGAGGUGCCCAGGAGGUGCCAGUGGGGGUCGACCAUGCAGCCAGGGAAGCGUUUGACCCCAAGACCAGUCGCGCUUUCGGGCAACCCAUGCAGGAGUUUGUGGACGGCUUUGGGCUGUGCUCGCCUGGCCGUUGGGCUCCUGAGGCGAGGGAAAAGCUGGCAUCGAGUGAUGAAGUCGCACAUGCUGAGAAAAUUCGUGGACUGCUAAGACUGCUAAGAGAUUUUGUGAUUGAUCAGCUGAAGGAUCCCAAGGACAUGGCUUUUCGGCUUGCGACGGGCCAUGUGAAGAAGUCUCCAUUCGCGCAGUCGGCAUUGCAGAAGCUGAGGCAGAGAAUCGUCGACAUCAUCCCGGGGGCGACUUCGGACCUGCUGCGUGUGCCAGAGCGACAGCCUUUCCACCUGUACUUCCUGGCUGA